ACGCCACGCCACAUCGCGGCACCAACCGUCGGCCACAUUUAAUCCCGCACCACCGCGUCCCCCGGCCGCAAACCGAUCCCCCCGUCCCCAGCGCCCACCGCCGCGAUCCACGCCGGCUGGGUUUGUCGCCGGAGGGAGGGAGGGAGCUGUGGUGGUGGUGGUGGGAGGGAGGAUGAUGGAGACGAAGCCGCCGUCGCCGGGGUCAGCCGCGGCGUCGGCGGCGGGGGGAGCGGGGCACGGGUACCAACGGAGGUGGGCGGCGCCGCUGCUGGCGUCCGUGCUGCUCUCGUCGCUCCUCAUCUCGGCGUCCCUCUUCUUCUCCUCCUCGCGCGCGCUGCUCCUCUCCUUCUCGCCGCUGCCCUCCGCGGCCUCCGCCGAGCCGCUUUUCGUCGAGGCCAAGCUGCGGCAGCAGCAGCAGCAGAUGCGGCCCGGGGCGCCCCCGCGCCGGGCCGUGCCGAGGAUCGCCUAUCUCGUGUCCGGCUCCGCCGGCGACGGCGCCGCGCUGCGCCGGACGCUCAGGGCGCUCUACCACCCGUCGAACAUGUACGUCGUCCACCUCGACCUGGAGGCCCCCGCCACCGAGCGCUCCGAGCUCGCCGCCGCCGUGCGCGCCGACCCGGUCUACUCGCGGUUCCGCAACGUCAAGGUGGUCACCCGCGCCAACCUCGUCACCUACCGGGGCCCGACCAUGGUGGCCAACACGCUGCACGCCGCGGCCAUCCUGCUCCGCGAGGGUGGCGACUGGGACUGGUUCAUCAACCUCUCCGCCUCUGACUACCCCCUCGUCACCCAGGACGAUCUGUUGUAUUUGCUAUCUGACUUGCCAAGGCAACUUAACUUUAUUGAGCAUACCAGUGACAUAGGAUGGAAGGAGUAUCAGAGGGCAAAGCCAGUGAUUAUUGACCCUGGGCUAUACAGCCUUCAGAAGUCCGACGUUUUCUGGAUUACAGAGAAAAGAAGUGUUCCCACCGCAUUCAAGCUCUUCACCGGCUCGGCGUGGAUGAUGCUUACUCAUCAAUUUAUUGAAUACUGUAUAUGGGGAUGGGACAAUCUUCCAAGGACCGUCCUGAUGUAUUAUGCCAAUUUUCUCUCUUCACCAGAGGGUUACUUCCACACGGUCAUUUGCAAUGUCCCAGAGUUCCGCAACACCACAGUCAAUCAUGAUCUACAUUUCAUUUCUUGGGACAACCCACCAAAGCAACACCCUCAUUACCUCACUCUCAAUGAUUUUGAUGGUAUGGUUAACAGCAAUGCUCCCUUUGCAAGGAAGUUUGGAAGAGAAGAUCCUGUACUAGACAAGAUUGACCAGGAAUUACUGGGCCGUGAACCUGAUGGGUUUGUGGCUGGUGGAUGGAUGGGUCUAUUGAACACUACAACAGGGAAAGGAUCAUUCACUGUGGAGCGCGUACAAGAUCUCCGCCCGGGGCCUGGUGCAGACAGGCUAAAGAAACUUGUCACAGGCUUGCUUACCGAGGAAGGCUUUGAUGACAAGCAUUGCUUGUGAAACUUGCACUAAUAUGAUUCUGGGUUAGGUUACACUGCCAAAAUCUGAGGGUGUUGAGCCAUUAGCUAGUCAUUUCUACUAGCUGAAGCGGAAGCACAUAGCAUCAAAUCCACAUGGAUGGAAUGGUCAGAUAGGUGAUCUUUUACACAAAACAGCUUGAGUUGAAUCACCGUACAGGAGACCACGGCCGUAGCAGACGGAGAUUAUACAGCACUAAUAGCUCACUAGGUAUUAGAAGAUUAUAUCAGCCCCCAACGAUUAAUAAUCUGAGAGUUCUUGGUCUCUCUGCGCUGCGGGUUGUCCAGGAUGGUCCAUUAUUCGUUCAGAAAACAACGGCACUGAUCAGAUCAAUUUGUCAACCGGCAGCGCUUGAGAUUUCGUUGUAUUAACUUGGAUUCUUCUGGCCAAACUAGCACAUUUUGGUUACAUACAUGUAUUCUUUGAUUUCUUCUCCCUUUUCCAUUGCUGAGCACAGCGAAUUACUUGCCACGUUUACUUGACCCUCAGGUGAAUGUGCAUACCAUAUUUUCUGCUGUGAAAUUUUUGUUAAAAAUUAGUAGA